AUGAACGGUGGCGACAGCACGACGGUGACGGUGACGAACUUGGGUGGUGCCCCCAGCCCGCUGCCCGAUAGGGAUGGUGUGGUGACGAGCACGCUCGCCGAGCCGACGUCGUUGUCGUCUUCUGUCCAACCGAGCCCUGAUGCCGAGUGCAUAGAUGACGAGCCCAGGAGCAGCCCCAAGCGCAGGAGAGGCUGCGAUGACGAGGCGCAGCCGACGCGAGAGAGCAACCAGGUGGCCGCCGAAGCCGCCAAGCCCACGGGUCCCGCGGCUGGAGCCAGCACUUCGGCGGCGCCGGUGGACCCGCCGCAGCCAGCAGGCGGCCCGACAGCCGCACCGGUGAGCACUCCCAGCAGCGGGUCCACGCCCGACUACGGCCUCUUCGUCGAGGACCACAAGGUGGAGCUGCAGCGCGUCCAAAUCGACGUGCUCCUGCUCGACUUGUGCGUGGACGUACGCGUGCGCCAGGUCUUCGCAGUCUCCAAGCCGGCCAAGCGCAAGCUCGGAGCCAGCGACGACGGCACGACCGACAACGAGGCCGGCCCGCGGCUGGCGUUCGCGUUUCCCAUCGACGACGUGAAGGCCGGCGUCUACCACUUCAGCGCCCGCCUCGGCCCCGACCAGGUCAUCACGGUCAAGGUGGUCGAGAAGGACCAUGGCGACGAUGCCGCAAAGAAGCCCACCGGCCUCCGCAACAGGGCGCUCGCCCAGCAGCAGGCGUCGCUCAUGACGGCCAAGCGCGACCGAUUCGAGGUCGACCUCGGGCGGCACCGGCUGCCCUUCGCCGACCACGCGACCGAGCCCGAGGGUCGCAGGGAGCUGCAGGUGGUCCAGGUGGAGGUCGAGCUGCGCUACAUGAUGGAGAUCAUGCUGGCCCGGUCGUCGCUGUUCCGCAUCGAGACGGCCGAGGACAAGGCUAAGGUCGACGCCCAGCGCGCGGAGCAGGGCAACCGGUUCAAGUUCGUCUUCCCGGCGCUCUUCUCCUCGCCGCACUUCUGCGCCACCGAGUCGUCGCUCGCGCUGCACGUCGACGUCGAGGCCGCCUCGCCGAUCUUGUCGCUCGAGUCCCUCACCCACCCUCAGCUAGCCAUGACCCUCGACGGUGGUGACGGAGGCCUCAGCGCGAGCGGCGAUCUGCGGUUGGCGCGGGCGUGUCUGGACAAGGACUUCAUCCUGCUGGUCGCAGUGGAAGAGCCCCACCAACCUCGCGGGUGGAAGAUGUCCCUGCCGCUCCCGGUCGACACUGACGACCACCAGCAGCCGGCGGAAGACGUCUCCGCAGUGAUGCUGGCGCUUUGUCCCGACGUGAGCUCCACCGCCAGCGAGCCCACGCUGGGUACGAGCGGCGAUGCUGAGGUCUCGCCCCAGCAGGAGAUCAUCUUCAUCGUGGACCAAUCAGGCAGCAUGUCCGGGUCGCCCAUGGAGUCGCUGAAGGAGUGCCUCAACAUCGUGAUCCGCAGCCUGCCGCCCGCCACCACGCUCUUCAACCUGGUCGGGUUCGGCUCGAGCUACAAAAUCCUCUUCACCGACGAACAUGGCCGGCCGAAGGGGCAGGCGCUCAACCAGGAGACGUUCGACCAGGUGACCAAUUACAUCCGGUCGAUGGGCGCCGACAUGGGCGGGACCAACAUUCUCUCGGCGCUCGUGGCUGUGCUCGAGGGCCGGCACCAACCGGCGGACAGCAGCAGCUACCUGUACCUGCUGAAGCGAGACAGCGGCGCGCCGCCAAUGCUCUCCGCUGCCGGCAACUCUUCGACCCUGCCGCCGUUGCCUCCGCCCACGUGUCCGCGUCAGCUGUUCAUUCUGAGCGAUGGCAUGAUGGACAACAAGCGGGAGGACAUUCUCGACAUACUCCGCAAGCACUCGACCAACACCACCGCCUUCACAUUCGGCAUCGGCGGGACGGCUGAUGUGGAGUGCAUCAAGGCAAUGGCGCGAGCCAUGCGCGGCUCGGCCGAGUUCAUUUCCCACAAGCAAGGCCCCGACGAAGCCCAGCACGACGUCGACCAGGGCACCAACGACAUGGAGCAGGAGGCGGAGGAGGAGGAGGAGCUGCCCAAGGAGUGGCUGUGUCCCAUCACCGGCCAGCUGAUGCAGGAUCCGGCCGUCACCUCGUGCGGCCACCUCUUUGACCGAACGGCCAUCCACCAGUGGCUCACCAAGGAGUCGCUGACCACGGGCCGUUUCUGUCCCAUGUGUCACAACCCGCUCUCGCUGCGCGAGGUGUUCCCGUGCUACCCCAUCAAGUCGGCCAUCGAGGAGCACCUCUCGAAGCGCAAAAAGUCGUCGGCGGCGGCGGGCAGCUCGACGAAGAACGGCGACAGAAUCGCCGCCGCUGCAGCGCUUGGCCAGCCCUACCAGGCGCCCUUCCAGCCGCCGCCGCUCUUCGAGGGCGACACGCUGGUGGUCUACGCCUUGAUGCCCUCCACAACCGCAUGCGACUCUGCGCAAGUCACGGCUCGCGGUCCUCGCGGAGAGUCCAUUAAGGAGCGGGUGGUCCUGCGCACGCCCACUUCACAGGUGUCAACGCUGUUGCAUAGGCUGGCCGUGCGCGCGCUCAUCAAGGACUACCAGCAGGACAACAGCGUGUGGCACUACCGCUUCGCGCGCGUCAAGGACGAGCUGAAGCGCCCGGGCGCCGCGAUGUCUGUGCAGCACUACGCCCGAGCCGAGAUGACCAAGCUGGCGCUUCUCUACUCUGUGGUGUCUCCUCCUUCGUAUGCGCCCACGUCCCCGUCGUAUUCGCCGACGUCGCCCAGCUGGGAGCCGCGUGCCGAUCCGCAGGGCACCGCCGAUUGGAUGGACGGCGUGAGCGGCCUGCCCUUCCCCAUCACCACCAGCGGAUCCUUCCUGUCGCCGCCCCACAAACCCAGCUCGCCCCUAUUCGCCCACGUCGCCAAGCUACAGCCCUGCGUCGCCGGCCUACUCACCCACCUCACCCAGCUACAGCCCAACAUCGCCAGCCUACUCACCCACCUCACCAGCCUACUCGCCCACAUCACCUUCCUAUUCGCCCACCUCGCCCAGCUACAGUCCAACAUCGCCGUCGUACUCGCCCACGUCGCCGUCUUACUCGCCCACAUCGCCGGCCUAUACGCCGACGGCGCCCACGAGCCACAGCCCGACAGCGAACGCCUUCGGCGCGGUUCCGGCCAGCGCGCACCCGAGCGCGAUCCCAACCUACCCGUGUCUGUCGUCGACUCCGCACUCGGUGAGCUGACCCUAUCUACCGCGGCCCUGUUCAAUCGCAUCGUGAGCACGCAACAGUUCCAGGGCUGGUGGUCCGUGCGCGACCUGGUGCCCUCCUGCUUCUCCGAGCAAGACGUGAGCCUACUGGUCGCGGUGCUGCACGAGGCGUGGCGCAGCUUGCUGUCUGAGCGGACGAUGUGGGCGAGCGAACAAGGAAAGGAAAAGCUGGAGGACGAGGAAGACAAGGCCCUGCCGGCCAGCAGGGACAAGACGAAGGACUGGCCCAGGAUCGCUGUGACGGUGUUGGUGCUGCUGGAGCUGGAGUCGCCGGCGUUCGAGGCCAGGUUCGUGGUGUGGGAGCCGCUGGCCAUCCGAGCCCGCGCCUGGCUCCGGGCGGCGUUGGGGCUGCCCUCCUCGGCCGACCUCCUGCGCCUCAUCGCUUCCGUUCGGUCAACCGCACCCUAA